CUCAGCAUGGCCGCCAAUAGGAUGAACGAUGUCCAACUCCCCCGCUCAGUUCGUCCUCACGCAGUAGUAGAAAAUCAAUCAUUGUUUAUUUGGCGAUAUCAGGUAGGCGCUAGUGCCACUGCGACCUUCAGGGCGUUGUUUGACGAAACUGCUUGCGAAGGGUCGAAGUGCGACGACGGAUGGUUCGGCUAUGCCGGCGUGUGCUACAAGUUCUUCUUCCGCCCCCUGUCCUUCCAACGCGCGGAAGAGAGCUGCAAAGAGUUUGAGGCUCAGCUGUUCGUACCGCACGACGUCGAAGAAUGGGUAAGUAGACGUCAACGGCGCCUCUGCAACCAGAGAGUCGCUUUGUUCCUUUGGCUUGAUUCAGAAAACUGUGGCGGCCGACUUCCCAACCGUCCAGAAAAUCUGGAUAGGACUACAAUUCGUACCCAGCAAAGGGCCGCAGUGGAUCACGUCCAGCGAAAUGCCUUUUGA